AUAAAGUGAAACACCUCAGGCCCCAACCCUCCCAGCCCAAGGCUCCCUCCUGGAGGGAGAGAGAUGAUGGACGACACCAGGCAGCCCUUGGCUGGUCCCUGCGAGCCCGUGGACACUGCUGGAGAUGUCCUCUUUCGGUUACAGAACCCUGACUGUGGCCCUCUUAGCCCUGCUCUGCUGUCCAGGAUCUGAUGAGAAGGUAUUCGAGGUACACGUGAGGCCAAAGAAGCUGGUGGUUGAGCCCAAAGGGUCCCUCGAGGUCAACUGCAGCACCACCUGUAACCAGCCUGAAGUGGGUGGUCUGGAGACCUCUCUAGAUAAGAUUCUGCUGGACGAACAGGCUCACUGGAAACAUUACUUGGUCUCAAACAUCUCCCAUGACGCAGUCCUCCAAUGCCACUUCACCUGCUCCGGGAAGCAGGAGUCAAUGAAUUCCAACAUCAGCGUGUACCAGCCUCCAAGGCAGGUCAUCCUGACACUGCAACCCACUUGGGUGGCCGUGGGCAAGUCCUUCACCAUUGAGUGCAGGGUGCCCACCGUGGAGCCCCUGGACAGCCUCACCCUCUUCCUGUUCCGUGGCAAUGAGACUCUGCACAAUCAGACCUUCGGGAAGGCAGCCCCUGCCCUGCAGGAGGCCACAGCCACAUUCAGCAGCACAGCUCACAGAGAGGAUGGCCACCACAACUUCUCCUGCCUGGCUGUGCUGGACUUGAUGUCUCGCGGGGGCAACAUCUUUCACAAAUACUCAGCCCCAAAGAUGCUGGAGAUCUAUGAGCCCGUGUCGGACAGCCAGAUGGUCAUCAUAGUCACGGUGGUGUCGGUGUUGCUGUUCCUGUUCGUGACAUCUGUCCUGCUCUGCUUCAUCUUCAGCCAGCACUGGCGCCAGCGGCGGACGGGCACCUACGGGGUGCGAGCGGCUUGGAGGAGGCUGCCCCAGGCCUUCCGGCCAUAGCACGCAUGAGUGGCAUGGCCACCACCACGGUGGUCACUGGAACUCAGUGUGACUCCUCAGGGUUGAGGUCCAGCCCUGGCUGAAGGACUGUGACAGGCAGCAGAGACUUGGGACAUUGCCUUUUCUAGCCCAAAUACAAACACCUGGACUUA